UUCCAGCGGCGUCCAGUAUUCUUAUCUCCAUGACAGGGAGAGACACACAGCCGGCUAUGGGGUGAAAUGGGGCUGCCUACAGCAGCCAGCGCUGAUCCACCAGGAAGUAAAACGCUGCAGUUACUAUGACAACGAUGAAUCACUCUCCAGUCCUCAUGUAUCUGCCACAAGGAGAUGACAGAAAUGGGCUUCCUCAGAAUCCACUGGAACUCUUUGGUACCAAUAAAUUAGUGAAAAUAUGUGCACCAAUGGUUCGAUAUUCCAAACUGGCUUUCAGGACCUUGGUAAGAAAGUAUGACUGCGAUUUAUGUUAUACACCGAUGAUAGUUGCUGCGGACUUUGUCAAGUCUACCAAAGCAAGAGACAGCGAAUUCACCACAAACCAAGGAGAUCAUCCUCUUGUUGUGCAGUUUGCUGCUAAAGAAGCAAAGGUUUUAGCUGAUGCAGCCCAUCUUGUAAGUCCUUUUGCUGGUGGCAUUGAUCUGAAUUGUGGGUGUCCUCAGAGGUGGGCAAUGUCUGAAGGCUAUGGGGCUUGCCUAAUAAACAAGCCUGAUUUAGUCAGUGAUAUGGUGAGACAAGUACGAAACCGAGUUGAAAACCCAAACUUUUCAGUGUCAAUCAAAAUAAGGAUUCAUGCGGACAUAACCAAAACAGUAGACCUUUGUCAAAAGGCAGAAGCUGCAGGUGUGUCUUGGAUUUCAGUACAUGGAAGAUUUCCUGAGGAAAGGCAUCAGCCUGUGCAUUAUGAUGGGAUAAAAGUUAUUAAGGACACCUUAUCUAUACCUGUUGUUGCCAAUGGUGAUAUUAAAAGUUUAAAAGAAGCAGAGAAUAUACAUUGUAUUACAGGAGCUGAUGGUGUUAUGGCAGCCCGAGGCCUCUUGGCUAACCCAGCCAUGUUUGCAGGCUAUGAGGAGACUCCACUAACCUGUAUUGAGGAUUGGAUUGACAUAGCAUUGGAACACGGAACACCUUUCACAUGUUUUCAUCAUCAUCUCAUGUACAUGAUGGAAAGAAUAAGCUCAAAACAAGAGAAGAGAGUUUUUAAUGUGCUUUCUAGUACGUCAGCAGUUUUAGAUUAUUUAAAAAGCACGUAUGGGGUGUGAUGAAUGUCUGUUGCUUUUUAUCCUUUUAAUUAUUUGAUUUUUAAAUUUUUAUAUUCUUUCAGUAUAUUUAUAACUGUUUUAUUUUUACAUAAAUUGUAAAUCUCAAAGAGCUGUAUGAAGGUUUUGCACAAUAAAAAUAUAAUGACCAAAAAACUAGUA